GUAGACUUGUGUUUGUUUCUUGUGAGGAUCUCCAACUGCAGGAGGUCUGAGAACUUCUGAACAAAGUGUAAUCUCAAACCUUUCACCUGACUCUGGACACUGACCCGAGGUCAGCUCCAACUCUCUGAAACUCAGCAUGUGCUGAAACCUGAGUCAAUAAACCACACAGGAAGCUGCUAAGCAACUCCAGGAUCUCCAAAUCCUUCUGAAGAGUGGAGGAUGAAGAACUAGUAGGGUUCAGUACCUUCUGUGGACAUGAUGUGUUUCAGGACCUUUAGAGAAAAGACUAGAACCUUCUACAGAACUUUCUGAAGACCUAAAACCCUGCUGAAACUUCUAAUGAGUUCCACAGAGUCUGUUAAUACAAAGUUCUGGAAUCUUCUGAGGAACCAAAGAGAAGAUUUCUGGAACCUUCUGAAGGAUUAAAAAAUCCAGGCAACCUCUGAUCCACUGAAGACUUCAGGAACCUUCUGAGGAACCAAAGAGUUCCAGAACCUUCUGAGAGGCAGUGUGUGUGUGUUGAGGAGAAGUGUGUUUCAGACGGACCAGAGUAGCUGCUAUGACUCAGAGUAACAGGGAGACGCAGCGUCCAGGAGGCCGGAUCCAGCAGAUCAGAGACAGAAUGACCAAGAGAUCAAUCCGAGCGCGUGACGCCGUGCAGAACCUCACCACUAAAGACGUCCGAUCCUGCUGCAGGAGAAACGCCUUUGUCAUCCUCACCAUCGCCGCGGUCAUCAUCGGUAUUGUUCUGGGCUUUGCACUGCGUCGCUAUAAGAUGUCGUAUCGGCAGGUGAAGUACUUCUCCUUUCCUGGGGAGCUGCUGAUGCGCAUGCUGCAGAUGUUAGUGCUCCCCCUGCUGGUGUCCAGUCUCAUUACAGGCAUGGCUGCACUGGACAGUCGAGCGUCCGGCAGGAUGGGGAUACGGGCCGUGGUCUACUACACCACCACCACCGUCAUUGCCGUCUUCAUCGGAAUCGUCAUGGUGAUCAUCAUCCAGCCAGGAAGGGGCGGAGCCAAACCACAGACACUCACACAGCAGAAUCUAGAGGAGGUGAACACUGCUGAUGCUUUCCUGGACUUAAUCAGAAAUAUGUUUCCUCCAAAUCUAGUGCAGGCCUGUACUCAACAGUUUAAGACCCAGACUGGGAAGCGGAUGGUGACGGUGAGGGUGAUGGUGAACAGCACAGUGAACGGUUCCAGUGAGGGACAGGAUCUGAGUUAUGAGGAGGACAUCCCGGUCCUCGGGACAGUGAACAGCAUCAAUGCUCUGGGCCUGGUGGUCUUCUCCAUGAGCUUUGGCCUCAUCAUUGGUAGCAUGAAGGAGCAGGGUCAGCCACUCAGGGAUUUUUUCGACUGUCUCAACGACGCCAUCAUGAGGCUUGUGGCCAUUAUCAUGUGGUACGCUCCUGUGGGCAUCCUCUUCCUGAUUGCAGGGAAGAUCCUGGAGAUGGAGGACCUGUCAGCGAUGGGUGGAGCUCUGGGCCUCUACACCAUCACGGUCAUCGUGGGCCUACUCAUCCACGCUGUCCUCGUUCUGCCCACUAUCUACUUUCUCGUCACACGCAAAAACCCCUUUGUGUUCAUCGGAGGUCUCCUACAGGCCCUCAUCACCGCACUAGGCACCUCCUCCAGCUCUGCCACUCUGCCCAUCACGUUUAAGUGUCUGGAGGAGAAUAAUGGGUUGGAUAAGCGGGUCACGCGGUUCGUGUUGCCAGUAGGAGCCACCAUCAAUAUGGACGGCACGGCACUGUAUGAGGCUCUCGCUGCCAUCUUCAUCGCUCAGGUCAACAACAUGGACCUUAACUUUGGCCAGAUCCUCACAGUCAGUAUCACAGCCACGGCAGCCAGCAUCGGAGCAGCGGGGAUCCCCCAGGCUGGCCUAGUUACCAUGGUGAUAGUGCUGACCUCUGUAGGACUUCCAACUGAUGACAUCACUCUCAUCAUCGCAGUGGAUUGGUUCCUAGACCGUUUGCGCACCACCACUAAUGUCCUUGGUGACUCCAUCGGGGCAGGUGUGGUGGAGUUUUUGUCUCGUCAUGAGCUUCACUCAGCGGAUGUUGAAGUGGGGAACUCGGUGGUGGAGGAGAGCAAGACGAAGAAGUUGCCCUAUCACCCCGUCUCUCAGGAGAACGAGUACGAGAACGACAAAAUCCCCAACAAUGAGACCAAGAUGUAGCUGAACAUGGCCAAAGACUCUGAAACAAACAGACCACACCUCCUUCCCUCAGAUACUGAUGCAUUGUGGGUAACAUGGACUUGCCACUCAGUCAGGAGUUUAGAAUUCUUUUGUUUUUGUUUCUUUUCUAGCUGCUGUAUAAAAAUCAUACAUUAACAUGGAGAGUUACAUUAAACUGAGCCAGCAUGCUAACAUACAGCAUCAGCGAAUACGUAACAUGCUUCUGUUAGUGGACUAGCUAAUUCCUCCACUCAUACACACAGGUGUGGACAUUUUAUCGAGACGUAGCAGGUCAGAAUUCUGCAUUAACUAGCAGAACACAAGCUAGAACAUAAUGCUAAUCUCUGUUAAGUAAGAUGUUGCUGAUGCUAACUAGCAUUUCUCAGUUUUAUACACCAUCACUCUAUGUGUCACGCAAUCCUGCCAUCUUUGAUAAGACACUUAUAGCAACUUUAGCCUUUAGCAUUGCGGCUACACUGACCGUUAGCGAGCAGUAGCUUAAUGUGUGGUAUUUCACCUCAGAGUCAUUAGUUAGUAUAUAAGUUCAAAGCUAAUUAUAAAUGUGGCUAAUACACUGCUAAUUGAAUUUAGAUGGCAUAUUUUAGCAUGCUAGCUGAGUUUAGCCCCGCCCCAUUCUACUGUGUAUGUCAUUAUGUGAUUUUUUAUGUGUUCUCAAAACUUUUUCAAAUAAAACA